AUGUCAUCCUCGAUUUCAUCCACUUCCUCGCUCUCUGGACUCGCUUCCUCUUCCUCUUCACCUAUCGCCAAACGGAUGAUGGCCGCCCGAACUUCCCACUCGAUGGAUAUCAGCAACAGCACGGGAGGUCCUUCUCGACCUAGACCACCUCGCACUUGCCUUUCUUCCCCUGGAGGCUGUAUCGUGGGAACGGGUGGUGGUGGUGGUGGUGGUUCUUCUUCUCGUCGACCCAUCCCUCGAUCCGUUUCUGCCUCGGCAAAGUCGCCUUCAAGACUCCCAAAUACAGAUACCAUGUCUUAUUUCCCUCCUUUCGAGUCUAUGGGUUCGACCUCGGACUCGGAAGAAGGAGACCACGAUCACGAGGCAAAUCUCACGGCUGCGCCUCAAGUCGAUCCACGAGCUCACGGAAAAGGAAGAUCGUUGAGUUCACUCGCUGGAAUCAUGUCAUUCCUUUCACCGGGUAGUACAACGUCGCAUUCACCUGACUCUGCUGCCGUUCACGCCCUCUCUCAACGAUUCACAAACAAGCGAAGGGUACUCGAGCCAAUGACGAGCGCAGAGCCACCCGUGUCCAGACUCCCCACGAGUCAGCACAAGCGUCGAUUCGGAUCAGAAGUGGAGGUGGAGAACCUUUUAUCUCGGAGACGAGAUCGAGUGGUCAGCAAUGUCGUUAAAAUGGACGAACUCGCUGUCGAAUCGCUCGUCGGUGAUCGAGGUAUGCUCACCCUGCCUUCUCACCCUUCGUGGCGAUACCCUAUUCCUUCACCUCCUGUCGCUGCGGUAGUUUCCUCCGGCGAGAUCUCCCUCGACGCAUUCGCUAAACCCAUUGAAAACCCUAUCAAACCGACGUCACGACGAUCUUCAUCCGCUUCGGCUAAAUCUCAUCAUUCGUCAGAUUGUGAUCAAGUCGAGGAUGAUCUCUCGCCAACGAUUUCGACUUCCGUUCAGAGCUUGUCGAAUCCAGAGACACCAAAGGAGAAGAGUGUACCUGUGAAAAUCACGUUCAUCUCGCCUGAUGACCGUGCAAGUCCAAAGGGUGGAAGUCUCAAGGAAGAGAAAUGGUGGAAGGAGAGACACGACGAUUGGGAUCUCAAGGUCAAGCGAGGAACCACUAUUGAUGGUCGAAGAAGACAAAGCUGGGGUGUCCAGCAGGUGCAGCAGACGGCAUGA